AUGUUAUUCUCUGGGUCCAAAAGAUCAAUAUUUCCCUUACUCCCACCAUACGGAGCCCAUGACCCUAGCAGUGGGCAAAUUAUUCCACUGCAUGCUGAUGGUCUGACACCCUACCUGGGUCUGCGCGCGCGACUUUCCCAAGUAUGGAUCAACCGCUGGACGGUCUUGCUGAUCUUGGUGCUGGUCAGACUCUUGAUCGCUAUUGGAAGUGUGCAGAGUGACAUGGCGAGUGCCAAACGCGAGGCGCUCUCAGCGUGCACAAGUGUCGAGGACAUGGGCAGCGCAAUGGCGUCAAUGCCACACUACUUGUCACAGGGAGUUAAUGAGUUAACUGCUAAAGGCAUCGAUGAAGCUGUCAGCGGGCUGACUACCAUGCUCACACUCGUAAUCACUGGUGUGGAGGAGCUGAUUCUCUUCGUUAUCAAAGUUAUGUACCAGACCUACCUCUGCUUGAUCACGAUGGCCGUACGAGGCACUGUGGAAGUAGCCAUCGAAGGAAUUGAAGCAGUUACCGAUGCUCUUAAUUCGACAAUCAAAAGCACCGUCAAAGACAUUGAAAGCACCGUCAGCACCUUUGAAACCGCACUAAACAAGGCCAUCGAUGUCGUCAACACGCUGGGCGUGGACAUUCCGUCCUUAGACCUCAACUCCUCUCUGAGCGAACUUGAAAAUAUUCAGAUAUCGUCGAGUUUUGACGACAAACUCAAUGCGUUAAACAGUUCAAUACCUACAUUUGAUGAGGUUGAAAAUAUCACUGAAACUGUGAUUCGAUACCCUUUCGAAGCAGUCAAGACGCUUGUGAAAAAUGAGUUAGGAAACUACAGCUUCGAUCAAUCUGCCUUUCCGGUACCGGGCAAGAAGCAACUGACCUUCUGCGACGACAACGACGGCAUCAAUAGCUUCUUUAGCGAGAUUACAGAUAUCGCUAUCACAGCCCGAAAGAUAUUCAUCAUAGUUAUCAUAAUUGCAGCUGUGUUGGUUUGCGUCCCCGUCGCCUGGCAAGAAGUCCGUCGAUGGCGCCACAUGCAGGAGCGUGCACAGCUAGUGCGGAAAGAGGCCCAUGAUCCUAUGGAUGUUGUCUAUAUCGUCUCUCGACCAUACACAGCGGCGGCCGGAAUCAAGGCCGCGAGCCGUUUCAGCAACAGCCGUCGGCAGAUUCUCGUGCGCUGGGUUAUUGCCUAUGCAACUUCCCUCCCAGCCCUUCUUGUCCUUGGCUUAGCCCUUGCCGCUCUUUUAUCAUGUCUCUGCCAGUAUCUUCUGCUGCAUAGCAUCAAGAAGGAAGUACCAGCGCUGAGCGCGGAAGUCGGUGAAUUUGCUGACAAAGUCGUUGGUGCCCUACAGAAUGCAUCUGUGGAAUGGGCAAAUGGUGCCAACAAAGCGAUCACAUCCUUCGACGAUGACUUGAACGAUAACCUUUUCGGUUGGGUCAAUACGAGUACGACUGCUGUUAAUAACACUAUCAAUACGUUUGUUGAUAAGACGACAGGUGUCAUUAACGAUACAUUUUAUGGCACAGUUCUCGAAAAACCUAUCAUGGAGCUUUUUGACUGUAUUGUCCUGUUGAAGGCUGAGAGUGUUCAAAAAGGCUUGACCUGGGUUCACAAUCAUGCACAUAUCGAUUUUCCUCUUCUUCCGAAUGACACAUUCUCCCGCGGCGCCGCAGCGAGCAUUUCCAAUGAUACUAGCGGUUCCGACAGCUUCCUUGCCAAUGCCGGAGAUGAAACAUCUGAUAAGAUCACUGAAGUUGUCAGUCAGGUCAUCAAUAAGCUUGAGAACGCCCUAAAGACAGAAGCUCUCAUUGCUACCGCCAUUCUCCUGAUCUGGGUUUUAAUCGUCCUCAUCGGUAUUGCCAGGGCCCUGACCCUUUUCUGGAGACAAGACCGCAAUCGUGGAGAAGGUGGUGGUCAUGCGAUGGAUUCGGUAUCUCAUCCUCCGGCCCCGGUCUCUGGUUCUCGGGGCUUCACCGAUGUCCCUCUGAACGCCAUUCCGAAGAACGAGCUUGGUUCUAUCCAUGCAGUUCCGCAGUAUGAGAUUCCUGCCGAGAGUACUAUGCGUGUACGUGGUGAUAUAUCAUGCGCCGAUGAGAAACUUGGAUUUGCAGGGCAGAGAGACUACGAGUCUGCAGUGCAAGUCGAGUCGGCGCCGGCUGCGAGAAAGAGCAACUAUGUGGAGUAUGAUACGAAGAAGGUUUGA